CACUGUGACGUCACAAAACACAAUGGCAGCCAGCGGUACAGCUGUGACGGUUCUCACUCCAAAUGGAAGACGACAAACAGUUAAAGUGUCUCCAAACACACCUUUACUACAGGUGCUGGAGGACGUCUGCAAAAAACACGGAUUUAACCCCGAAGAUCAUGGUUUGAAGUUUCAGAGGACUGUUCUUGACCUCACAGUGCCCUGGAGGUUUGCCAACCUGCCCAAUAAUGCUAAACUAGAAAUGGUGUCAAGUACAAGGAAGCAGGCUGUAGCUGACAGCCAGGUGCGGAUUGCGCUACAGAUGGAGGACGGCUCUCGUCUCCAGGGUUCUUUUUCUAGUGGACAGAGUCUGUGGGAGCUUCUCACACAUUUCCCCCAGAUCAGCGUGUCCGAGCAGUCCGAGACAGGAUCCACCCCCGUGUGUGUUUACAUGAGAGACGAGGUGAGUGGGGAAGAAGCGCUGAAGAAGGCCACUCUGAAGUCUCUGGGUCUGACAGGAGGAAGCGCUAUUGUCAGGUUUCUACUCAAAAAGAACAAAGCGCCGGGAGAGGAAGAUGGCGGGGAAGCCAUUGAAACCGCCGCUGUGCCAACCACACCUGUUGCCAAGGAAAGCACACCUAGCCCGCCAUCUCAGCCCAACCCAGCUCCAUCACACCCGGAUACUUCAGCACCAAAAGUGCCAACUGAAUAUUCAAUCCCUGCGAGGCCAAUGGAAACCCAACCUGCACCAACUCCUCCCCCUGCCACCAGCUCACUUCCUGUUCAACAGGAAGAGGUUCCGAAACCCCAGGACGCAGUUCGGCCAAAGGCUCCACCCGUCAGAAGAGGAAUGCCAGAGGAGGACGGAGAGGAAGCGGGGCCAUCGGGACUGAACUCACACCCGUCUUCCUCUUCCUCCGCUCCCUCGGCUCCUUUCAUUCCCUUUUCUGGAGGCGGUCAGCGCCUCGGUGGUCCGGCAGGAGGUGCAGUUGGACGCACGCUAUCCUCGUCCUCGUCAUCCUCAUCUCUGUCAGCUGUCACUGCUGCAGUAGAAUCACCCAAAGCCAAGAAAGCCAAAUCCAGCUACGGUUCAGGCAACAAGCAUCAAGCCUCUGCCAACCGGCCGGAUGAGGACAUGGAUCAGGGAGAGCAGUUCUUGGAGGUGGAGAGGGAGCCUCUCAUCUACCACCUGGAGUCCGUAUCCAGUCACUCAGAGCAACAAGGGGAUCUGCCUGACGAGUUCUUUGAAGUAACGAUGGAUGACGUGCGCAAGCGCUUCGCCCAACUGAAGAGCGAGAGGAAGUUAUUGGAGGAGGCGCCACUGAUGACUAAAGCUCUGAGAGAAUCACAGAUAAAGGAGAAGAUGGACAGAUAUCCCAAAGUGGUCCUGAGGGUCCAGUUUCCAGACAGACAUGUUCUACAGGGCUUCUUCAGGCCUCUGGAGACAGUCGGCGCUGUGAAGAAUUUUGUGAGGAGUCACUUGGAGGAUCCUCAGCUCAGUUUCUACCUGUUCAUCACGCCUCCAAAAACCAUUCUGGAUGAUCCUUCAGCUACGCUUUUCCAGGCCGACCUGUUUCCUGGUGCGCUGGUGUACUUCGGCUCCGACGUUAAGACAGAAUCUUACUUAAAGAGGGAACUGCUGGGAUCCUCUGUCUCGGCCUUGCAAGCAAAUGAGUCCAUAGCAAGCUGCAUGCCCCGGUCCGUGACACCCUCCUCCAGCUUCGUGGCCUCCGAGGAGCCGCUCCCCCCUCCGGAGCCGACAGCAGACGCCAGCGGCUCCACACAGAACGGAGGAGACCCACCUGCACACCCCCAGGCUGCUAAACCUAACAGGUCUGACCCGGGCAAGGUGCCCAAGUGGCUCAAGCUUCCAGGUAAGAAAUAAAGACUGCUGUGUGUUGAUGAGAUGACUGACUGCGACAGAUGUUUUGAAAAGCUCUGCCUUGCACACUUGAGUACAGCACUUAAAUCUUUGCUGCGCCUCAACGUUUUGACUGCAGUGGACUUUAUCCAUCGUGGAGGACGCCUGCACUCAAAUAGGUUUUAAUAACAGUCGAAAAUGAUAAAAUAGUGAAUAUUUCAUUGCCAAGAAGAUUGAUGUGUUUCAUUCCAGUUGAUCUCUGGGAGGAAAGGAGUGCCGAAAAGUUUGUUUUUAUUGAGCACAGCUUCAAAGGAGUAGUGCAAAGUGAAUAAAGAUUGUUGUUCUAAAAAUG